AAAAAUGAAUGUUCAAGAAGAAACAAAGGAGAGUAUGAUAUCUGCAUCUAAAAGUACUAAAACAAUUAUAAAAUCAGCCAAGAAGCUGCCAUUCCAGGUUUUCAUUAGAAGUAAUGGGGUCGGAUUCUCUACCGAAGCCAGAGAGGAAUUCAAAAAGAGAAAAGAACCUGAAAGUCAAAAACAUAAAUAUCUUGACAAGUUAAUGACUGUAUUUGCUAAAUACGAUAAAAUUGUACUGACUGGUGUAGAUGCAAAUAUCAUAAAGACUAUAAACACAGUAGAGAAACUCAAAAGGGAGUGCAAAAGCAAAUUUGGCCAUAAAGUUACCCAAAUUACUCACGUCAAGGAAAUACAAGUACAGAAGACAAAGAAAGAUAGUGAUAAGGGAAUAGACGAUAUGGUUCCAAUCAUUGAAAUUACUCUUACUAAGGAUCAAUGAUAGCCAACAUUCCAAUCUUA